AUGACCAGUUCGGUGGCUUCGUCGUCGUUGUCGCCCACAGGGCGAACCCUGAGUUGGUGCGCGGGCCUGGGUGCGGCCGCUUUCCUGGGCUACUGCUUCUAUUUCGAUCGAUCGCGUCGCGCCGCCCCGGAUUUCAAAAAGAAGUUGCGCGAAAAGCGUCGGCAUGCGGCUAAACGGGCGGCCGCCCACCGGGGACCCGCCUUGCCCGAUUUCUCAGAUCACGAAGCCGUCCAACGCUUCUUCUUGCAAGAGGUGCAAUUAGGCGAGGAGCUUUUGGCUCAGGGCGACAUCGAGAACGGCGUGGAGCAUUUAAGUUUGGCCGUGGCCGUAUGCGGGCAACCCCACUCGCUCCUGGGCGUGCUCCAACAGACCCUUCCCCCUCAGAUCUACCAGCACCUGCUCCAAAAUCUGGAUUUGGCCCAACAACGCGUGCGCAGUCACGUGUCGCGCAACGUGGCCGGUCUGAUUCGCCCGGGGACCGAAGGCCCACCCGCCUCGGCCGGGGCGGCCCCGGGCUCGGGCCCGGCCGGCCUGGCCUUGGGUCUGAACGAAGAAGACGUGGAGUAA